AUGGUGCAGUGCGGUUCAGUGCGGUCCAUGGUGCAGCUGCAUCCCAUGGUGCAGUACGGCAAGACGACCAUGUAUGUGGACUUCGCCACGCUCAUGACGCACAACCAGGCGCUCGCGAUGGCUGCUUUGGAGGAAUACUACCGGUUUGAGCCGUUCCUGCGCAAGGCGGUGCAGAUGUUUGUGCAGGUGCACGAGCCCAAGUACGUGAUGGACGAGGGCAAGCCCAAGGAGUUCUACCUCGCCUUCUACAACCUCCCCGUCAUCCACAAGCUGAGAGAUAUGAAGGUAGAGGUUCUAGGACAACUAUCCGCAGUGAGUGGUGUGGUCGUCCGAACCUCUGAGGUCCGGCCGGAGCUGCUGUACGGCACGUUCCGAUGCUUGGAGUGCGGCGCGGUGCAGCGGAACAUCGAGCAGCAGUUCAAAUACACGCAGCCCAUCAUAUGCAGUAACGCAGCAUGCUCUAACAGGGAAAAAUGGGCGCUAGAGCGAACGGAAUGCCAGUUUGUCGACUGGCAAAGAGUCCGGGUUCAGGAAAACGCGGAUGAAGUCCCUCCUGGGUCGCUCCCCCGCACUCUAGACGUGAUCUUGAGGCAUGAGUUGGUGGAGCAGGCAAGAGCCGGCGAUAAGUGUAUAUUCUCUGGGACGCUGGUGGUGGUCCCUGAUGUGGCUGCUUUGACCCGCCCAGGGGAGAGGCAUGAGGCUAUGCGGUCGAACCAAGGGGGGGACGGGAGAGGCGGGGAGGGUGGAGGAGGGGGGGAGUUGUUGGGGGGAGGGGGAGGGGGAGCAGGGGGAGGGGGGAGUGAGGGGGUGAGGGGGCUGAAGGCGCUGGGGGUGCGGGAUUUGUCGUACCGGUUGGCGUUUUUGGCGUGUUCUGUGCAGUCGGGGGAUCAGGAGAAGCAGCUGGUGAAUAUCAGGGCGGAGGACGAGGAGGGCAGUGCUGUCGCUUCAUUCACGCCUGAGGAACGAGAGGAAAUGGCUCGCAUGCGAGCAGGCGGCAAUCUGUACGAGCGCCUGGUGGCGAGUGUGGCACCCUCUGUCUACGGGCAUGCAGACAUCAAGCGAGCCAUUCUGCUGAUGCUGUUCGGCGGGGUGCACAAGAAGACCCACGAGGGGAUCAACCUGAGAGGCGACAUCAACGUGUGUGUGGUUGGCGAUCCCUCCUGCGCCAAGUCGCAGUUCCUCAAGUAUGUAGCCGGGUUCCUCCCCAGGGCUGUAUACACAUCUGGAAAAUCGAGCAGUGCGGCAGGGCUGACAGCGAGUGUGGUGAAGGAGCCGGAGACGGGGGAGUUCUGUAUUGAGGCGGGCGCGCUGAUGCUGGCGGAUAACGGCAUCUGCUGCAUUGAUGAAUUCGACAAGAUGGAUAUCAAGGACCAGGUGGCUAUUCACGAAGCCAUGGAGCAGCAGACCAUCUCUAUCACCAAGGCGGGGAUUCAAGCCACACUCAACGCACGCACGUCCAUCCUCGCUGCUGCCAACCCCACUGGGGGACGAUACGACCGCUCCAAACCCCUCAGAUACAACGUGGCUCUGCCACCAGCCAUCCUGUCCCGCUUCGACCUCGUCCACGUCAUGCUGGACACGCCAGACCCCGUGCAUGACUACUCGGUCGCUCGCCACAUCCUGAGUGUGCACCAGAGUCGGGACCAAGCGCUACAGCCGGAGUUCUCAACGCUGCAGCUGCAGAAAUACAUCAAAUUCGCGCGCUCCAUCCGCCCAGAGAUCACAGAGGAGGCAAAGACCCGCCUAGUAGAGGCCUAUGUGUCACUGAGGAGAGGGGAUGCCGCACCGGGGUCUCAGUCAUCGUAUCGAAUCACAGUGCGACAGCUGGAGGCUCUGGUGCGGCUAUCAGAGGCGCUGGCUCGCCUGCACCUGGACUCACAGGUGAAGCCAGCUCAUGUGCGUGAAGCCAAGAGGCUACUGAGCACGUCCAUCAUCAGCAUUGACAGCCAUGACGUGGACCUGGAGGAUGAGGGGGCGAAUGGGGAAGGGGAGGAGGGGAUGGAAGACAUGCCGUUCAUGAUGGGGGAGGGGGAUGGGGGCGAUGGGGGAGGGCGAGGCGGAGACGGAGGGGGAGGGGGAGGGGGAGGGAGUGGUGGUGAUGAUCGUGGUGGGGGUGGGGGAGGAGGGGGAGCGAGAGGGGGAGGCGGAGCAGGAGCAGAGGCAUCAGGAGGGAGGGAGGACAUGGAGACUGAUGGGGGGGCGAAUGGGGCUACGGAAACUGAAGGAGGAGGAGGAGGAGGAGGAGAAGGAGGAUCAGAUGAGCAAACACAAGCAGGAACAGGUGAUACAACAACGAAAGGCAAGGAGAAGAAACAAGGAGGAGCAUCAGCAACAGAAGGCACGGCAAAGGAAGGGGAUGUAGCGGAUGGCGGUGAAGACAACAAAGCAAGCCAGAAGAAGUCAAAGCCUGCCGCCCCUCUGCGUGUGCCGUACGACAAGCUGCAGCGAGUCACGGCGCUGCUGGUUACCUACAUAAGACAAAAAGAGGCAGAGGAAGCUUCUGAGGAAGCUUCACUUGCAGGGGAGGGAGCAACUGGUACAGGCGAGGGUGGAGAGGAAGGGGAGAGGGGAACUGAAGGAGGGGGAGGAGAGGAGGAGGACGGGGGGAAGAGGAAGAGAAGGCGAGUGGAGGGGGUGCAAGGGGGUGUGGGGGGCGGGGGGGUGAAGCAGGGGGAUGUGAUGCGAUGGUACAUGGAGCAGCAGAGCCAAGCAGGCACUGUGGACUCGGUUGGGAAUCUACUGCAGGAAUUCAGAGUGCUUCGAUCCAUCAUUCAGCAUUUGAUUCGUCGAGAGGGAGUGCUGCUGAUUCUAGAUGAUGGGACUACAGCCGUGGAAGCUGCCAGGAAGGAGCGGGAGGACGCAAUCGCUGCUGCAGAAGCAGCAGGCGAACCUGUUCCGACAUUCGACAAGCCUCUGCCCACGGAUCUGGAGGAGCGGGUGCUAGCCGUGAACCCCAACUAUGUCCAAGAAUAA